AUGGGAAGUACAGAUGUCUUAGUGAAAUAUGUCCUGAUAAAUUUUAUCUUCUUUCAUCAGCCCAUUUGUCAGGCAGCUUAUAAUAACGAUCUCAAUGAAGUUCAGAUCCUUUUGGAACGCAACAGCAACUCUGUGAACAUCCAGGACAGCUUUGGUGGAGACACCCCCUUGAUUUGCGCAUGUAAACGGGGAAACAACAGGAUAGUUAGCUAUCUCCUGAAAAGAAAUGCUGACGUCAACCUCAGAAACAAGAAGGACCGCACUUGUCUGCACUAUGCUGUAAGAAAACGGUUCACCUUCCUUGACUAUGUGCUCAUCAUAAUCCUCAUGCCAGUUAUGCUCAUUGGAUAUCUUCUCAUGGUCUCAAAGACUAAACAGAAUGAAAAUCUGAUCAAGAUGUUGCUUAGAGCUGGAGUGGAUGUUAAUGCUGCAGACUUUUCUGGUAGCACAGCCCUUCACUAUGCUUGUGAAAUGAAAAACCAGACAGUCAUUCCUCUACUGCUUGAAGCUCAUGCAGACUCCUCUGUAAAGAAUCAGGAUGGCGAGACUCCCUUAGAUAUAGCAAGAAGACUGCAGUUCCACAACAUUGAAAGCAUGCUAAGGAAAAAUUCCUAGACACCAAGGACUCUUGAACAUGCAAAAAUUAACCUCAUCAGGAAAUCCAUCUUACACAGCAGCAGGAGUCCUGCAGAAGGUUGAGGACUGUUACUUGAUAAACACUUGGUUUAAAUCCACCCAUUCCUUGCUGCAGACUUUGACUAUAGUGUGAGACCUGUCAGUAUCCUCAGAGCCAUGAGGGCUGAGGGGAGUUCAUAUGGUUUUGCUAAGCCAUGAGUGAUUACAAUAGCAUCCAAACUAUUGCUCUUCUCAUCUGCUUCUCCCAGUUUUAUUGCUUGACUUGCACAGACAGAGGAUUUUGAAAGCUAGCUAAAAUGUUUCUGAAAGUCUAAUGAUUGGCAGACAAUGCAAAAAUAAAAUAUCCUUUAGAGUGUGUGUCACUUAUUCUGUAGAGGAUACACUUGACAAUUGCACAGUAUGCCACACCACUUAAUCCAAAGUCUGGUACCCUUCCUCUGAGUACUUCUCUUCCUACAGUGGGAGUGACUGGGAAAAUGGGUCUCUCAGUCUAGCAUUUCCUCCUUCCAGCCAUGCUACAAGUUUCACACACCUUAAUUCUCACUAUGUGACUAGAAAAGAAAGAUUAUCUUCAUAUAAGAAACAGCAAAAAGAGAUUCCUUGAGUUGCCAGAGACCACAAGGAAAACCAGGUCCUGUGUUGCUUUAAUGCACUAAGAAAUAAUAAUGAAAAUCUUUUGGGCAUGGUAGAAUAAAAACUCUAUCUACCUUUCCAAUAUAAACAGUGUAGUAAAGGGUAAAAAAAUCAAUACAUGAAAUGCUGCUGAUGUGAACCAGGUGUAUCCUUCAUGAGGGAGUGCACGGGAUAGCGUGCUCUUCAAAGUGGUGCAUGCAGCAGUGGAUGCAUAUACCAAAAGUGUAAUAAACUCAUGAGUCUUCUCUUGCACAGGUAAAGGCAGAAGAAAACCUGCAGUGGUAAGCAGUGUAUUAAUGUGGCCUGGCACUUUGUUAUUUAAUAAUGCUGCAAUAAAGA